GGUCACAGGUCACCAACAUGGGCGACUGAGGGCGAGCGGAUCGCCAGCGCAGUUUACACGAAAUUCCUGACGUGUUUUAGACAAGAAUUGAUUACUAGCCAUCGGACUCUGAAUCAUCUACCUACUACAGAAACGUGAAGUGGACUGUUUACAAGGAGAAAACUAUGCUAUCGACAAUAUGAUAUAUACAGGGAAGUGGUAAACUGGUUUCGGAAAGUAUAGAACGGACAAUGUCGCUGUCACUGGUUUCGUUGUCAACCAUCAACGAUCUUAGAUCACUUCCACUUAAUCGAUCCGUCUGAGAUAAUAACGGACUUUCUUGUCACCCUGUUAUCAUUUGUUCUGACUGAUUGGACUCUUGAAUCGUAAGUAACUUUAAUAACGGAGAUAGGAGUUUGUUGGAACAAGCUAGGCGUUGUAUCUGGUACGGGGAUUUAACUGGAAUUGAAUGUGACACCGAUAAGAUACUGUAUCAAUACAUUUUAUGGACAGGCUCUUCAUUACAGGAUUAUAUUUAAAGUCCCUACACACAGGAAACCCUUUGGCAGUUCUGGAUGAGCUCGAAAUUGACCACCAUCCCUGAACUAGACUGACAAAAGUAUCCACAAAUGUAGUCUCCAACUUAAAUGGCAUCUUACAACUAUAACCAACGAGGUCAGCCACAGAAACCAGUCCCAGCCCCCCGGGGGGCCAGAUCCCCCAGUUCACCACAUGGGAACCCAAUGUCGCUCGUAAUGGACCGACCUAUGUCGUCGCAGGUGAUGGCUGCGGCAGCAGCUGGAAUGGCUGCGUCGGGACAAGCAAUGAAUGACAAUCGUGCAAAGGCUGUUUUGAAGGAGGCCGUAGAUGCAGUGGUCAACAGCUUCGCCAAACAUUCGCAUGGAUAUGGACGAGUAAAUGUGGUGGAAGCAUUACAAGAGUUCUGGCAGAUGAAACAGGAUCGUGGGGCAGACCUGAAGAAUGGAGCCCUAGUUGUGUACGAGUCCCAACCCUCAGCCACGCCUCCCUAUGUGUGUUAUGUCUCACUUCCUGGGGGAAGCUGCUUCGGUAGUUUUCAGCAUUGUCCCACGAAGGCAGAAGCCAGAAGGAGUGCCGCCAAAAUAGCCCUGAUGAAUUCAGUAUUUAACGAGCACCCGUCGCGCAUGAUCACGGACGACUUCGUGGACCACGCUGUCCAUGAUGCCGCUGGAUCUUUCCAGGGAGCGCCGGAGCAGGCAGACAACCCAGCCACAGGGAUUGGUGCUUUUCGCUUUAUGUUGGAGGCCAAUAAGGGCCGCACUAUGUUAGAAUUCCAAGAACUCAUGACUGUUUUUCAACUUCUCCACUGGAACGGCAGUCUGAAGGCAAUGCGUGAACGCAACUGUUCUCGACAGGAAGUGUUGGCACACUACUCGCACCGUGCUCUGGACGACGACAUGCGCUCACAAAUGGCACUCGAUUGGAUAGCACGGGAACAAGAAGUGGAAGGUGUCAUCAGCCGCGAAUUAGAAAUCUCAGAAAAAGAACUGGAAAGUGCGAGAUUAGCAGGACGUGAAUUACGGUUCUUCAAGGAGAAGAGAGACAUUCUAGUUCUGGCAUUAAGUCAGAUCGGUCCCCCAGAGAGCAUGGCAUGAAAAGAUUAUUGAGUCAAAAUAUAUAUAAUAUGCUUUUCAUGAGAGAUCAUCUCUAAAGCUAUCCAACAUUUAAGGCAUGUUAAGACAAAAAGUAAUAAUUGUGUGUACUCAUUUUAAAGCAUAGUUGUAUUAUGAAAGGUUGUCAAAUUAGGAAAUGAUUUAAACAAUAUUUUUUUACGAACAUAAAUAUGUACUCCAAAUAUAUUUGAUGAAAACUGUUGAGUAACCAUUUUUUUUUUUUUAUUAAUACCAAGUAAACACUUUGGAUACAAAAUACCUUUUUCUACAUUUGUAUGUACAUUAUAUUUAACUCAUUCACCCCUGAAAUUUUGUAAUGAACUAUUCC